AUGAGGUUCCUCUUGCUGGCGGUCUCUCUCUUCUCACCUACCUCUUCCUCAGCCGCGGCCGCCUCUCUCAAAGGCGUGGUAUGCACGGAAACGUUGAGCUGGGAGUCGGCGCUGAACGGCAGCAUCACGUCCCCCAACUACCCGAGGCCGUACGAGAAGGACACGGAAUGCGUCUAUCGUCUCUUGGGCGCCCCUCAGCACAGGAUCCGCCUCGUGUUCACCCACUUCAAACUCCCCCAGCCGCAGUCCACGACCGUGAACGGCGAGUCGUCGGAGGGGCCUUGCCAUGCGAGCGACCGCGUCAGGAUCUUCGUGAGAUCCAGGCAGAAACCCGAGGGUGAGGCGUUAGAAGAUCUGUGCGGGGAUCGGUUGCCGAAGGCGUUCAUGUCGCCGGGUAACACGAUGACACUCCUCUUCAACGGUCAUCGCUCGGGACCUCACAUCCACGGUUUCCAGGCCUUCUACGAAUUCCUCACAGACUUCGGGAUGUCGAGCGGAGAGCAGGUGAUUCGAGACGGGUUCCCCAUCUGCGAGUUCGUGUUCAACGGCAGCCGGGAGAAGUACGGCCGGAUCGCCAGCCCCAAUUACCCGGGCCUCUACCCGAGGACCACCACGUGUCGGUAUCUCUUCUACGGGCGGCCGGGGGAAUACGUUUCGCUGCAGUUCAAGUAUUUCGACGUGGAAGGGAUCCCUCCAUGCUUGGAUUCCACGGCCAGCGACUUCGUGGAGUUCUCCAACUUCAUCUCCUCGGACCGGGGGAUCCCCCGGCAUUGCGGGAACAAGAAGCCGGAAGUCCUCACCUCGGAGGGGACGUUCUUCCGAGUCACUUUUUUCUCCAACGAUAAAUUUGAUGCGACGGGCUUCCAGGCCGACUUUCAAUUCCAGAAGAUUUCCCAGGCCCAGCAACAGUCGGUUCCGAUUCGGAAGGUUCGACCGAUGACUUUCCCCGCGGCCUCCUCCUUCCCUUCGCCUUCAACACAAGCCCCAUUGCACGUGCAAUGUGCCUGUUUGGUGGUUCUCCUGACCAUGGAUAUCCUUCAGGAUCUCAUGAAAGACUACAAGGAUGGAAACCGAACCAAAGUUCUCUGGAACGUUAUGCAGCUUUUGAUUGAUGCUACUGGCACAAGCAUACCAGUGAACAAAAAAAUGCUUGAAAACAUCUGCAAAGAUAACCACCGAGCUGUCAUUGUAGAGCUUGAGAGAAGAAUUUUGGAAUUGGUGUUGGAAGAGUUCUACACUGAUGACCAUUUAUGGGCAUUAUUCAAGAGUUACCAUGCUUCUGCAAAAGUGUCACUCUUGUACCUGAGCUAUAAGUGCCCACUACCAGUUGCAGUGAAGAGUCUUCAUGUUCUCCAUGCAAGCUAUAGGAGAGAUCAUAAAAACUUGUCAGAAAUAGAUCUGGACAAUAUCUUUCAACUGACAAUGCAUGAAUGUACUGAAGUGGUUGAAGCUGUUGCAGCAAUUCUUGUCUCCUUUCUUCGUGACUGGACAAAGGGUACUCCUGGAGACUUGCAAAUCCUUUUGAGAUUGAUAGCAGUCUUCAACAAAUACAGGCUGAAUCCUUCAAUGCUGGUACCUUAUCUCAUUCCCGAUGUUGGCGAAUUGAGAAAUUGGCAGACAUGGACCAUUGUCUUGGAUUGCAUUGAUCAGAGUGAAAAUCCCAGUCAGGUACUGAUUGCAACAAUGACCUUGAAAUCAGUUGUGAAGUUGAUUUGUUUGGAUGGAGAAAACCAGGAUUCUGUGAGUUACAAAAAACAAUAC